CUUACAUCCGGCCAUUUGAUACCAAACCAGAGCCGCUCCGUUCUAAAAUUCCCCUCCUCUUUCUCCGCUGGCACCUCUCCUUGCCUGCCGCAAUGUCCUCCGUUCUUGAGCUCCAUUAAUACUCUCCCUUUCCAUCUCUCUCUCUCUCUCUCUCUCUCUCUCUCUCUCAUCUUCACCCAUGGAGGUUGCCGGAGACUGGAUUCUUCCGGCCACCCACAUGCCCGUCUUGGAGAUCAACCUCAUCUCUGCCCAAGGUCUCAAGGUCCCCUCCCGCCAAUUCCAUCCCAAACAGACCUACGCCGUCGCAUGGGUCGACCCAUUGAACCGCCUCCGCACUCGUCUCGACACCAUCGGCGGCGACAACCCCACCUGGAACGACAAGUUUCUCUUCCGCGUCUCGCCGGAGUUUCUUACCCGCGAUACCGCCGCCGUCUCCGUCGAGAUCUACGCCACAGGCUGUUUCCGUGACUCUCUUGUCGGUACUGUCCGUUUCCUUUUCCGUAACGUCAUCGUUUCUAAUGACUGUACCAAGACCCCUGCGUUCACUGCCCUCCAAGUCCGUCGUCCUUCUGGACGCUUCCAAGGCGUUCUGAAUAUCGGCUUUAUGGUUAAUGAAAACUCCGAUUUCGCUUCCUUGAAUGGAGUGCCUGCGAUUGGUUACCGCGAUUUGAUGGGGGAGGGUUUUGAUCGGCGGCGGAGGAGGAAGAAGAAAUCUAAGGCUAGGGAUUCUGAAAUUUCCGCCGGAUCUCAUGAUGCAGAGUUGCUGGAUUCGUCGGAUGGGAAUGAAUCGACGUGUUCUUCUUCUUCUUCAUCGUUGUCGGCGAAAUCGAAUUUGGUUAGUGAUUUGAACGGAUUUAGGAAAGGGGCGGAGGCAGGGGAAGCCAAAACCCUGAAGGCGUCCAAGCGUUCGGGGUUUUUGUGUGGUCUGGUGAUCCAUAGGAAGACGAGGAUGGGCGAUGAUAUUCCGCCAUUGGAGAAGAACAUCAAGGUUUUUAGAGGAUCUCCGGACAUGGAAAGGUAAAAUCUCUAACCCCAGUUGAGGAUUUCAUUAUCAUUGUUCAUUGUUCAUCAUCAUCAUAGAUGUUUUUGUUUUCCCCCGCCAUUGGAUGGAAGGGUUUCUGGAAUGAAAAUUUGAGAGAUUCAGAAGAACAAUUUCGUCAUUCCUUUCA